CAACGGCGUCGACGUUUUUUUUCCUGUCUUCGUUUUUUUUUUUUUUUAUUCGAGACUUUUUUUUUCUCUUUUUUUAUUUUCUCUCAGCGAGAUGAGCAGGGAGUGAGGAAUGGAGGCGUAGGGAGAGCACGGAUGUUUGUGUUUACUAAGCGGCGGGCUAGUUAAGCAUAUUGAAUAUACAGGCCUCCUUGUAGCUAGAGCAAGCCAGCGAACAAAAGGAGAAAAUUAAUGGAGAAAUAAUGGACGAUUCCCAUUUCAACUCAUCAUACUUUUGGUCUCCCGUCCCCACUGUACAAGGACAGAUUGAGAACGCCAUGUUCCUGAACAAGGCGAAGGAGCAACUAGGUCCAGAAAAGGCCAGUGCGCCCUCCUUUCCUCACUCUUCUGCGUCUUCCACUUCCUCCCCCCACUACCCCACGGCUGUACUCGCCAUCCCCAGCUCAGUUGAUGGAGCGGCUGGGGUACGUGUGAUCCCUAAACAGGAAGGAGGCGGAGGCAAUGCAGGAGGGGGUGGUGGUGGAAACAGCAAUAGCGGACCCCUGAGUGCAGUGGGGGCACACCUGCACCAGUCGCACACCUCCCAGAACGUCACCGUUGUGCCUGUUCCCUCCACGGGUAUCAUGACUGCAGCGGGGUUAGUGAUCACCACCCCACAGGGCACACUGGUCCCCACCGCCUCCACGCAGUCUUUUGUAGCUGGACACCCCACUGCCACCACCAUGAUAGUGUCUGCAGUGCACCCCUCAAAUUCAGAUAAGAAGGAGGACAUUGCUCCUGCUGUUGUCAUGCCGGCACCAUCAAAACGAGGCAGGAAAAGCAAACAGGUGAUGAGCAGGGUGGCCGGAGUGGGUGGGGUCCUCCCUCCAGGAAGUGAUGCAUUAAUACUGGCACACCUUGCUGCUGGUGGACAGCACCACACUGGUGACCCAUAUGAUCUGUCAAAUGAUGAGGAUGAUCACACUAACAAAGACGGACCCAAAUCUUACAGGUGUCGGAUGUGCGCAGUGACGUUCUUCAGCAAGUCAGACAUGCAGAUCCACGCCAAGUCCCAUACCGAGGCCAAGCCCCACAAGUGCCCCCACUGCUCCAAGUCAUUUGCCAACUCCAGCUACCUGUCCCAGCACAUUCGUAUCCACAGCGGGGCCAAGCCCUACACCUGCACGUACUGCCAGAAAACUUUCAGGCAGCUCAGUCACCUACAGCAGCACACACGAAACCACACUGAGGCCAAGCCCCACAAGUGUCCCCACUGCUCCAAGUCGUUUGCCAACUCCAGCUACCUGUCCCAGCACAUCCGCAUCCACACCGGGGCCAAGCCCUACACCUGCUCCUACUGCCAGAAAACAUUCAGGCAGCUCAGUCACCUACAGCAGCACACACGGAUUCACACCGGUGACCGGCCAUACAAGUGUAAUCAUCCUGGCUGUGAAAAAGCUUUCACUCAGUUGUCCAACCUCCAGUCUCACCGUCGGCAGCAUAACAAAGACAAGCCGUACAAGUGCCACAACUGUAACCGUGGUUACACAGAUGCUGCCAGUCUAGAGGUUCACCUGUCCACACACACCGUGAAACACGCCAAGCUGUUCUCCUGUGGCCUCUGCAACCGAUCCUAUACCUCGGAGACGUAUCUAAUGAAACACAUGAAGAAGCACAACCCCGACCCAUUAACAGUGGCAGCAACAGUAGCUGCUCAGCAGGCCCAGGGUCUGACACCAGGGAGGGGCCGAGGCCGCGGUCGAGGGAGAGGUGCGGGCAGAGCGAGCCAGCUCCAAAACCAGACGAACCCUAACAACAACCAGAACCCAAACCCCGGACCCCCAGGCAGCUACCAGCCACAACAGCAACCCACAGAAUCUGUGGUCCCCUGCCCAUUUGAUCUACACCAGUACAAGACAGUGUCAGCCAGCGAGAUCCAGUACAAACCAGUCACUGUGGCAGACCUGCCAGUGACCCACAAAGACCUCUGCCUAACCGUCUCCACGUCAGCCAUACAGGUGGAGCACAUGAACUCAUAGGCUGCGUCUUCCUGCUCUGCUCGAGGGAUUAGUCGAGUAAAAAUGGUCCAUAUGUACAAGUAAUUUAACUGUAUUCAGUAUUAGAGCCUUCUUAAAAUCAGGGGAAAAACAGCUGAUUGGGUGAAUUUCUAUAAUUCAGAUCUUCUAUUUUAUUGACACAUCACUGAAUUUGAAAGUGUAAAAAGACUAGUGUAUUUAGUUUAGACUUCUGUAGCUUACAGUGAGAUUAUUUUUUAAAAGCGGUUAGUCGGGUAAUGCAAUACAAUCAUGGAUAGAAGUAAAUUUGAAUUCACCCACUUAAGAAGCUUUGAUGCUGAGUACAACCAUAAAUUACUUACACAGAUAUUUUACAGUGUGCUUCUUGAUUCCUGAGCCCACUUGCCAUGUAUCUCUCAGUAGAAAUGCUGGUCUAGGAACCUGAAGUAAGGGUUCAGGCUGGAGCCACAUUCCUCCAUUUUAUGUCAAC